AUGUUAUCCGACGUUGAACGACAAGAGGAACACCCACUUUUAGAGGUAAGAUUUUUUACCACUUAGGAAUAAUAGUCUCAAGUUUUAGGUUCCGAGCAGUACGUGGCAAGAGAGAUUUUUCGAUUUUUUUGAAUAUUACUUCGGAUCGAUGAAACUGUAAGUAAUUCUGCAUCCAUCAACAAAAUCGCAAUGUUUGCAGAUAUUUCUACUCGUUUCCUAUGCCCGACGUCCUCUGGGACAACCGAAAAUGGAGGUGAGCCGCUCAGAAAGUGCGCUCCAUUCGAAAUUGACGUGGCAGAUUAAAGGCAAGCGGCGUCAUCGUCACUCCACGACCAGCGAUCGAUCCGAUCGUCGACAGAAUUGUGCACAUUGCGCAGCAACAACCUUCUGAAUGA